AAUGACAACCCCAAAAUAAUUUUGGCACAAAAUGUCCGGGUAGCCAACAAACGAAAUUGUUAUCACAAUGGAGAAACCGGGUUUGUCUCCCCACAAAUCAUAUUUUUGGAGCUGCCUAACUUUGCAAGAAGACUGCCCGUUUCUCUCGUCCAACUGUCCCACACUGUUUAAUUUUGGAAUCGGUUUAUUCUUGUUGUAUGUCAUAUACUUGUUGAUUAUUGUAUUCGACUAUAAAUUCCACUCGCAUGUAGAUGAAAUGCAGCAUCAGAUUGAUUUUUACAUGAGUUUGAUAUCGAAGAAGGUGAAGCUGGUGCAGAGGAAUGAGGGUCGGUUGAUGAACAUGCAGGAGAGGACAGACAAGCUGCUGAUGAAGGGGCGGCAGGGUGUGCGGAUGCUGGAAGCCCUCCGAGACGCGGUCGCUCGAGACGACCUGGUCCAACUCCAACAACUCGUCCAACUCGCUGAAAAAAACGCCAACGAAGAACGGCUUCGUAAUAACUUCCCAACAAUUCCUAAAGAAAAAUUAUUGAACAAUUUAUAAGCACUAUCAUGAAUGUUUAGCAAGUGUGAGAGAACGAAAUCGAUCAUAAAACAACAGUACUGUAGCUAGCGGUGGAACCCCUCGGGCAUAUCCGGUUGCAACUGGCAGACACUUCGACGGAAAGAUAUACAGACUGCGGGCUCCGUCAGGUAAUACAUGUAUAAAACAUAGCCUAAUUUGUUAAUAACUUUGAAACUAUUUUUGCGGGCAGCUUAAUAAAAGUUGUAAAAAACAA